UAUGUCUCAAAUGUACAUUGCAAUACGUCAACAACUUUCCUGCAAACAGUCUACACGGUGAACAACAAAAACCUAUCUAGAAAGGCACUCUGGGUACCGUAGUUUCAUACUAGUAACAUUAUGUGCAUGAUGCAUAAUUGCUCUGGUAAAUUACAUGGCGUUAUAGUUUUUCUAAGUUCUUCAACAUGACAUUUCCAGAAUUGUGUUUUAGUGAUGGCUUCAAUAUACUGUUGUUACUCGCCAAAUAGUGAAAAGCGACUUCUCACCAAAGUAAAGAUGUCGGUAGUGUGUGAACGACCUGUUAUCUGUUAUCUUCGACCGCAACUAAGGAUUCUGAGGGGACAUUGCGUUGGUAGCGUGGUGGUCAAUUUGAAACGAGCCAUACUCCAGGCUUGGAAGGAGCCUAGUCCCAUGUGGCUCCCUUUCCACCUCAACCUGGCAGAGGCUCUUAUGGAGCAGGCAAUGAUUGGCCCUUCUCCCAACCCGCUCAUCUUGUCCUACCUAAAGUAUGCCAUCAGUUCCCGGUUUGAUGAUUUCUCCAGGGAGCUCUGCGUCAAGUCCCUGUUGUAGAUUCUGGACAUGUGCUCCCACCGUCUCAGUGUGGUUGCUGACAGGCUGUGCCUGGUACUGCGAGAGGCUCGGGGAGCUGGGGCCGGCGGUCGGCACUGAAGCCAGCCAUAGCCUCUCCUGGCAGGCCCUAAGGGACCUGGUGAACAGCACCAAGAACAUUGCCCUGGUCCACAUCGCAUGCCUGGAGAACCAAGGCCUCCUAGACCAAUGUGGAGCAAGCUUUUCUCAAAGUGACAGAGGGCCUCAGCAGUCUAACCAAUCAGACACUGAGAGGCAAGCUGGAAGUGUGUAUUUCAUUGGUGAAGAGUAUUCCUACGAUAGUGUUGGAACAGUCCGACCCCCUGCAUCACUCAUCGUUCCCCUCGGUCCACGCCUUCAUCAUGCUGGAAGGAACCAUGAACCUGACGGGGGAGACUCAGCCACUGGUGGAACAGCUGAUGAUGAUCAAGAGGGUGCAGCGUAUCCCUGCGCCACUCUUUGUGUUGGAGAUCUGAAGACGUGUUUCACUGGCCUCAUAGUCACCAGAGGGCACUGCAGAGCUGAAGUGGACCGCCUUCACCAUCCUCGAGACAGUGGACGCAGACCACUCUCAAGUAUCCAGGGGGCUUGCUGGUUGUGCCGUGACACAUACUGUCUGGAAAAAGCCUGGACCCCCUCCUGGCUGCAUAUCGCAGCCACGGGAAAACUCACAUCCUUUGCCCGGAUGUUCAUCAAGCUGAAUGAGUUUCUGAAGCACUUCAGUGGAGAAGGAUGUGACCGCUCCAUGUCCACCUCCCUAUCGGCCUCCCAGCUCCACACGGUCAACAUGAGGGACCCUCUCAACCACGUCCUAGCCAACCUGUUACUGCUGAUCUCAUCCGUCCUGGGCUCCAAGACAGCGGGGCCACACACCCAGUUUGUGCAGAGCUUCAUGAAGGAGUGUGUGGAGUGCCUGGAAAAAGGCAGCUGUGGGAGCAUAUUGUAGUUCAUGCCUUUCACCAUGGUGAGUGGGAGAGAGGGGAGUUGACCGUGGGGGAGAUGAACUGUGGUAGUCUAGGGGAAGGAGAGUAGUUAUGUAGUGAUAACAGUUGAUUGUUAGUUCUACGCAACUUAGGUAAGAAAUGUGACCUCGACAUGGGAUUUUUACUCAACACAUUCUGGGGAGACAUAUUCCUGCAAUGAGUUUUUUUUUCUUCAUUUCUUUUGAUAACGAUAAUUUUACUAUUUCUACCUUCUAUGUUUAAAAAAAAUCUUAGUACAUCUGGCCCCAAGUCUCUAGCUGACCUCAUUCUUGCAUCCACACUUUUAUAAUGAUGCUUUUAAUGUAUGUAAUUUAAAAAAUUACUUCUCA